CUACUAUCAACACUCAGUUUAAGCAAAUAUAGGGCACAAUAGACCUCAACUACAUAGCUAUGAGUUUGGCUGGAAUUAUUCCUUCGUUAAUUUACCGAACCGAUGAUGCACCUAUCUACUGACACUGCCGGCUGUAUUCAAGGUGUCUUCGUUGUUACAACCUUAGUGAUGCGACAGUACUAUCCUGGUUUAAAUAAGAAACUUGACUUCGGUGAACUUCCCUGCACACCUGGGAUGGAAGCUCGCCCUGAAUAUCCUAGAUCUAUGGAUACGAAGAGUCGCUACCUCAAUUCAUCGUCAUAAGAUAGCUUCUUAUAAUCAGACAGGUAUGUUAGAAAUAAAUAGUGAGAAUGGAUAUACAGUUUCAGGGGUAUAAAGCAGUGUAUUCAUGAGAGAUUUUUAAAAUCCAAGCUGCUUGGAAAAAUACCCUUACAAAGGAAGAUGGUGCAAAGUUGAUACUACUCGACAACAUCCACGAGCUUUCUUAGAGAACUACCUAGCUUUUCCAGUCUUAGACAAUUUGGGAAUAGCAUCCCUCAGAGACUCGUCUAAUUAAAGCUUAUGUAUCUUCUGCAGAAGCU